AUGAACAUUGCCGGCCAGCAGCAGAAGCGAUUCCUCUCGAUCCACGAGUACCUGCUGAUGGAGCUCCUCCAGAAGAACGGCGUCAAGACACACCUCGUGAAGGCGUCGCCAAGACUGGCAAGGAAGCAUAUACCGUCGCUAAGAACAUCGGCGCAGGUCCUUGCUGGCGGUCGUGGCAAGGGUACCUUUGACUCUGGCUGGAAAGGUGGCGUUCGCACCAUUUUCUCUCCUCAUGAGGCUCAGAUGUUUGCUGAAAAGGCGCUGGGUCACAAGUUAGUGACCAAGCAGAUGGGAGCCGCUGGAAAGUCCCAAGGACCCGUCAUGGUCGCCUCAUCCCAGGGAGGUGUGGAUAUCGAGUCAGUAGCAACUGAGAACCCCGAGGCGAUCUUGCAGCUUCCAAUUGACAUCAACAAGGGUGCUGACCGUGCUGCCGUCAAGGACUUGGCAAAGCGUAUGGGAUUCACGCCAAAGUGUGUCGAUCAGGCAACGGAUAAAAUGAUCAAGCUGUACGAGCUCUUUAUGGAGCAGGAUGCCACUAUGGUCGAGAUCAACCCUAUGACUGAAUCUGCUAACCACAAAGUAAUUAGCAUGGAUGCAAAAAUCAACUUUGACGACAAUGCCGAGUUCCGUCAGCACGAGGUCUACGGUCUUCGAGAUAUCACACAAGAGGAUCCUCGUGAAGUAGCGGCGGCAAAGUGCAACCUGAACUACAUUGGUCUCGACGGAUCGAUCGGUUGCCUUGUCAACGGUGCCGGAUUAGCCAUGUCGACGAUGGACAUCAUCAAGCUGCACGGCGGAGAGCCCGCCAACUUUUUGGAUGUCGGAGGCGGAGCUACGGCAGAGCAGGUCACGGAGGCCUUUAAAAUCAUCUCGUCGGAUCCACGCGUCACGACAAUCUUUACAAACAUCUUUGGAGGCAUCAUGUCGUGCAGGGUCAUUGCCCAGGGCAUCAUUGCCGCCGCAUCGACUUUGAAGCUCCAGAUUCCCCUUGUGGUGCGUUUGCAAGGGACAGAGGUGGAUGACGCCAAGAAGUUGGUCGCAGAGUUUGGACUUCGUAUCAUCACGUCGAAUGAUCUAGACGAUGCGGCCAGCAAGUCUGUCAAGCUGAAUAAGAUGGUCAACAUGACACGAGCGGCCAAGAUUAACGUCAGCUUUGAGCUUCUUGUUUAA